AUGAGUGGGAGGAUUCUCUCCCAUCGACUUGCCCCGCUAGUGCGAACUAGCCGGGCGCGCCAUUUUCAUAAUGCUGGCUUCAGAACAGGAGGCCUACUCCGUGCCGAUGGUGGCGCCGCUCUGAGGGGACGCGCAUGGCCGAUAGGUUCAAAUGGCAUCCACAACGUACCUGCUGUGCGGGAAUUUUCCUUCGGACGAAUGCUGCCACGACUGGCCCUGAAACUUGCCCGCAUUCCCGCCAUGUUCGGGGGUGCAACCGUCGCCGGCCUGGCUUACAUUCAAUAUCAAGCAAAUCAGGCCGGGAAUUACGCCAUAGACGUGUUCAGACAAUUCGGAGAGACUGCGGGGAAUACUGCAUCGGGUAUAUUCCAAAGUAUUCAGGACGUGGCGGACCAAACACAACGCGGAUGGGAGAACACAACGGGGGAUGUUGAGCUUCCUGAAUGGCUACAGAAAAUCCUCCGACUCGAUGAGGAUUCCAAGUCUCGAAAGAAUGGCGGCGGUGGAAAGGAACCCAAGGAGGGAAGAGCUGCAGUAGCCGGUGCUGCGGCUGCAACUAGUACAGCUUUUGGCUACGAGCAGUCGGACGAAGACGACUCACGGGACAACAGAGAAGUUGCCGAAGACGACCAAAUGAUGGUUCUCACUCGCAAGAUGAUCGAGAUUCGAAACAUUCUUCAGACUGUCGGCCAGUCUGGCUCGUUGAACCUUCCGUCUAUCGUCGUUAUUGGUUCCCAGUCUUCGGGCAAAAGUUCAGUCCUUGAAGCCAUCGUUGGACACGAGUUUUUGCCCAAGGGCUCCAACAUGGUCACUCGACGACCGAUUGAGCUGACCCUGGUCAACACUCCAAACGCCCAUGCAGAAUACGGUGAAUUCCCAGCUCUAGGUCUCGGCAAAAUCACGGACUUCUCCUCGAUACAACGCACCCUGACCGACCUGAACCUGGCUGUCCCGGACACAGAUUGUGUUUCGAAUGACCCCAUUCAAUUGACGAUCUACUCUCCCAACGUUCCCGAUCUUUCCAUGAUCGACCUGCCAGGCUAUAUUCAAGUGGCCGGCCAUGAUCAGCCUCCGGAGCUGAAGCAGAAGAUCUCUGAUCUUUGCGACAAAUAUAUUCAGCCCCCGAAUGUCAUUUUGGCUAUCUCAGCAGCCGAUGUCGAUUUGGCAAACUCGACAGCACUCAGAGCCAGCCGUCGUGUGGAUCCCCGAGGAGAGCGCACUAUCGGUGUGAUCACGAAGAUGGAUCUGGUCGACCCUGAGCGGGGACACGACAUUCUGUGCGACAAGAAGUACCCUCUUCGAUUGGGUUAUGUGGGUGUUGUAAGCCGGGCUCCCCAAACAACGGCUCUCUUCUCUCGAGGCUCUGGAAAUAUCACCAGCGCCAUCCUGAAGAAUGAGAAUGCGUACUUCUCCGCCCACCCCAACGAAUUCGGCCCUCACUCGGAAACCUCUGUCGGCGUAUCAACUUUGCGUAAGAAACUCAUGCACAUUCUCGAACAGACCAUGGCUUCUAGUCUGGCCGGAACCAAGGAGGCCAUCAGCCAGGAGCUGGAGGAGGCGACUUACGAGUUCAAGGUGCAGUAUAAUGAUCGUCCUCUCAGCGCUGAAUCAUACCUGGCCGAAAGUUUGGACAGCUUCAAGCAUUCAUUUAAGGCAUUUGCUGAGAGCUUCGGUCGACCUCAGGUCCGAGAGAUGCUCAAGGCUGAGCUGGACCAGCGAGUCAUGGAUAUUCUGGCUCAGCGCUAUUGGAAUAAACCUGUCGAGGACUUGGACCCACCGAUGUUGGAGAUGGACCCCCUUAAAGAUUUGCCUAAGGCUGAUCCAGAGUCCCUUUACUGGCAUCGAAAACUUGAUGCUUCCUCCUCCAUGCUAACCAAACUCGGCAUUGGCCGACUCGCUACCAACGUGGUUGCGAACGCUCUACAAAAUCAUGUGGAGUCCCUCCUGGCGGAAUCUACAUUCGCCGCUCACCCUGGAGCACACAAGCAAAUCAUUGAUGCUUGUACCGGUAUUCUCAAUGACCGGUUCUUCAGCACUAGUGAUCAGGUGGAAAAUUGCAUCAAGCCAUACAAGUUUGAAAUCGAGGUAGAGGACUCAGAAUGGUCAAAGGGCAGGGACAAUGUGGGCAAGGUAUUGAAGGAGGAACUCCGGGCAUGCGAGUCAGCCAUCAAGCAUGUUGAGGACACAAUUGGGAAACGUAAGCUCAAGGACGUGAUGGCUUUCAUCGACAAAGUCAGGAAAGGCGAUAUUUUGAUCGAGGGCAACAGCUCUAGUGGCGCGGGUGGAUUCAGCGCUGCUCUUUUGGAACAAGGCCGACAGGGAGUUUUCCUCCGCGACCGAGCCGAUAUCAUCAAAUUACGACUCAUGGCCGUCCGCUCCAAGCAGUGCGCCACCAAGAAGAACAAAUACUACUGCCCAGAGGUCUUCCUUGACGUAGUAGCAGACAAGCUCACCUCAACGGCCGUGCUGUUCCUGAAUGUCGAACUCCUUUCCGAAUUUUACUACAACUUCCCACGCGAGUUGGAUUCGAGACUUGGCCGACACCUCUCCGAUGAGGAGGUUGAGCGCUUCGCACGCGAAGACCCUCGCGUUCGCCGUCACCUCGACAUUAUCCGCAAGAAGGAAUUACUGGAGCUGGCCCUGCAGAAGAUCGAAGGCAUCCGACAGCUAGACGGCCGCACUUCGCAGCGAAAGACCGAUCGUCAGCAGGCUGCCAAGGAGACUCGUGGCCGCUGGUCCAUUUUCUAA